CUCAGAAGAUUAUUUGUUGAAUGACUGUUUGACGUGUAGGCACAGUGGUGCAGUGGUUAGCACUGUUGCUUUGGCUCUCUUCGGUACUCUGCUUUCCCUCCAAAGUGCACUGGUUUUACAAAAUUGCCCUUAUAUCUGUGAAUGGUGUGUGAUUGUGCCCUGCGAUGGGUUGGCACCCCAUCCUGGGCUCUUCCCUGCCUUGUGCCCAUAGGCUAUGGACCCCACACACCCAGAAUAAGAUUAGUGGUUUCAGAAAAUGGAUGAAUUACUUGAUAUACAUAUUGCCCUGACAAAAAAGUUGCAUUUUUUGGGAAACAAGCAGGACCGAAACAAAAUGUAAUAGUUGUUUUGCAAUGUUUUCUUCAUGUAUUCCCCCUUCCAUCUAACAUCCAGUCUGGAUUGCAUCCCCAAAAGCCCAGGAGACAAGGCUGGAAAUAUCCUGGGCAGGAUGCCUGUCCAUCAUAUACUUAACAAUACUUAAUCUUUUAUACUAUCACAUUUCAUAGGCGUCAUAAAGACUCUUUGAUAAUUAAAACGUCAGUAUUGGAAUAUACAUAUCAUUCACCACAUUAACAUCAUUUAGCUCUGGUGUACUAUCUGUGGUGAGACUUAUUGGAAGUGGAUAGCUAUUUGUCACCCGUGUUUCCUCUUCCUCCUAUUUGAUCAUCAUCACAAUGAGGACACCACCGGAAAUGCUUACCUCUACUGACGCCUUUCAAUCAGUAUAUAAAUCCGCUGCCUUGACUACAAAAACAGCCCACAGAAACUGCAGUCACUGUAGGUGAGAUACAAGGAAAAAUGGCUUCGGUGCUCAGUCUGCUGACUUUGACGGUUUUCACAGCAUUAGGAGUUCUCGUGGCCAUCCGGAGCUCCGAGGCACUACCUAGACGCAGGGUUAGCCGAUCAGAGAAUCGACUGGAUAAAACCAAGAGGACUUCCAAAGGGGUGGAGUCACAGGCUCACACAGAAAUGGUGAAACUCAUGCUGGACCCCAGUGUUUUGAUCACCUCUGACCCAGUACCCCAGCUGGCUAAUCACUCCUUGUCCCCGUGGAUGUACAGAACCACCCACGAUAACACACGAUUUCCUGUGGACAUCGCCCAGGCCAAGUGUUUGCUAACUGGUUGUCGAAAUUCCCUGGGGGAGGAAGUGAUGGAUGUGGAGUCCCGACCAAUCUUCCAGCAGAUCCUGGUCCUAAAGAGGAUCGAGGGGAACCAGAGGAACUACUACUACAAGCUGGAGAGUCAGACCAUCGAAGUGGGCUGUACUUGUGUCCGCCCAAACACAGUGCAUCAGAAGUAGCAGGCACCGGCGAUGGAGACUGCAGUAUUGCAGAAUCUACCAGAGGUAGAAAGGUCAGGUCCAGAAAGUACAAUUCCAGACCAAGGUUUUGUUUCAACCAACUAGUUGAGUACUCUGUGACUGUGACUCUUUAUAAUCAUGGGAGUUUAACUUACACAAAAAUGUUCUGAGGGCAGAAGGAAAAAUGAUUGGUUCAGAGAAAUAACCGAUCAGAUUGUAGAAAAGGUGGGUCCAACUAAUCAGAUGCCUUGGUCCUGCCUCCUCUAGUUGCUUGGACCCGCCUCCUCUACAAUCCACCUCUGGAAUGAACAUUACUCUUAGCUCUUUCAUAAUCAUUGUUUUAAUCAUUGUUGUCUUUUUAAUCAAUUUUUACUGUAACUCAUUAUAAAGGAUGUAUUUAUUUAAUUUAUUAAUGUAUUUGAUUGUGUAUUAACAUUUAGGAAUAAGGUUUUACGUUUUCAUUUAUUUAUUGAAAUAAUACAUAUAUUUGAACAAUCGGUGACUCAAUAAACUUAAAUAUAAUUGUUAUAAAAUGGAAAUAUAAAUAGUAGCCAUUCAAUAUUCAAUCUUCCCUGAAAUCCCUCUAAGAAUUUAAGUAAUAUAAAAUCAUCAGAGCAUUUUAUGAAGCAUCAGUGUGUAACUUGAAGGUAGGAAUGGAUUAACCACAAAGCAGGUUGUUCUAAGCACUUAAUAAAGUGGUUGCUACAAGUGUA